CAUGCGCUUGUGUUUAUGGUGUUGCUGGGGCAGCUGAUGAUAAACGUGUUAUGUUUAAUACACUGUAGUGUUGUCUAACUGUAAAGCGAAUUAACGACCUUUCACGAUCCUUGAGACUACAAAUAAAGGCGGCAGCAUGUCUUACGUUUCGUUAAGGGCAAUACUUUUUGUCGGCUUCUCGUCGUCCGCGCUUUGGAAGCUUUGCGUUUGUGCGGAGAGAGAUGCCGGCAUUGUCUUCGUCGUGCUGAGUCAAGACAGUGCGAUGAGCAGCAAAGCGGCAGAGCAGCUGUCGUCGAGCAUAACGGAACAAGCAGCGGCGCUGAAAAUGGUGCCACCUACCGUGUACCUGCUGCAUAAGAAAUGGCCGGACGUCGCGGGAGCGUGGACUGUGUUCCCUCUGAUCAAAAGACUGGAGCGGCUUCACAAAAAAGAUGGUCAUUGGUUCUUCUUUUGCGACGACACCACGGGUGUAGACCUAACUCUGCUUCGCAACGCUCUGCAAGGACGCAACUCAGCUCAGGAGGCCCGGUUCGUGGGCCACGCUCUGUGGGACGAAGAGACGACCAUCGUGCACCACUUCGAUGACCCGCGGUCGCUGGCCUACCCGGACCUGUCGGCUGGCAUGGCACUCAACAAGCAGGCCCUGCAAAGGGUGGCCGAAGCACUUGACGUUGCGUCUCCGGACGACUUCUCUAUCGAUCGGCAGUACGAGAUUGCCAAAUUCCUGAGGGACCACUGCGGGGGCCUGCUACUGGAACAUGCCGAGUCCUUCUGCCUUGGUGAGCGUAGCGAGGGCUGCACCACCUGGACCUCUGUACAGGCACCAUCUUGUGCCAAGCGUGCGCCCAAGGAAUCCCUGACAAUUGCAGUCAAGACGUGCAGCCAAUUUCACAAAGACCGAGUGCCGGUGAUCAAGGCGACUUGGGCCGAGGACGCCCACCGAGUGCUCUUCUUCAGCGACGUGGAAGACGACAGCGUGCCGACCGUCACGGUAGGCGUGGCCAACGUGGAGCGUGGUCACUGCGCCAAGACGCUGGCCAUUCUAAGGCACGCCGUGUCGCACGCUCUGCUCGCACGGUGGCUGCUCGUUGCAGACGACGACACACUCAUCAGCAUACCUCGUCUCCUGGACCUGCUGAGCUGCUUCGACCCGGAAGAGGACGUGGCUCUCGGCGAGCGCUACGGAUUCGGCGCAACGACUGAGCGUGGCUACGACUACCUUACAGGAGGCUCGGGGAUGGUGUUCAGUCGCAAGACCGUGGAGCGAAUCAUCAACUCGCCGUGCUCCUGUUCGAAGGCCGACUCGCCCGACGACAUGACCCUGGGAGUGUGCCUAAAACAGCUGGGCGUGUCCCUCGUGCAUUCACCGCUAUUCCAUCAGGGAAGGCCAGAUGACUACAGUCGUCAGCUACUGUCACACCAGCGACCAAUCUCGUUCCACAAGUUUUGGAUGAUGGAUCCCGUCGCUGCCUACCAGAAAUGGCUUCAGGACAGCCCACACAAUGCUACUUGGCACCAAGAACUUUGACUCGUCAAUACUCCACCUAGUGACAGAUCCGUUUCGAGAUAGCAACACACGGAAGCUCUGCGUUGAAAAAAAAAAAAAAAAGCUUCAACUUGUGCUAGUUGGUAUACGACAUUGUAAUGUACUUGCGCUGAGCGGUUAGUGUUGACACAUUGUUGGGCCAAUGCCUGCUCAAUCUUCUUUUUUUAUUUUUAUUAGAGGAGCUGCUGGUCGGCUCCACCUAACCAGCAAUCAUCGCGUAUGUGCAAAGCAGGGCUGUAACUAAGGACCAUUGAGGGGGUUCCGACACCUCCCAAAUUUUUUUAUGCUUGAACUUUUCGGGUGACACUAAAAUAUAUACAUGCCCUCAUAUCGACAACCGGUCAUCAAGGUUAGCCUUUCUGCAUAUGAACACUACAAAAAACAUAAUAAAUCCAGAAUACGGCUUUCCUACAAAGGUCACUGCAGCUGCGUAGGCAUCGUAAAAACACACCUCCUCGGGGCAUUUCACGUUUCUGUGAUUAGUUCUACGAACGCUAACAAAAUCAUCUGAUAAACUAACUGAAUUUAUUUGAAGAAUGUGCACAUGUAUGCGAAAAACUAAAGACUGACAGGAGGAUAAAAACACACAAAAAGAAUGUUCUAGUGACAACUACUACGGUAAUCAAAGUCUAUAGGGUGCAACGCUAUCGACGGCCUCGUGACACACGCAUCUCCACAUCUAUCAACAAAAACAAGCGUGCAAGCAAGAUUUAAGGAGAAAAACGGCACGAGAAAUUGAAGAGGUGCACUUUAUAGAUUGAUUGAUUGAUUGAUAUGUGGGGUUUAAUGUCCCAAAACCACCAUUUGAACUUUAUUUAUAGAUGCUGAGAUGCAUGUGUCACGAGCCGAUCGAUAGUGUUGCACUGUAUCGAAGUUGAUUAGAACCUUUUUUUCUUUCGUGAUGAAUCAAGUUUUGAGUGUGAGUGUGCUCUCGUUUUCGUGCAUUGUAGUAAAGGCGACAAAAUGUGCUAAGUAAUGUCUCAAUAUUUUCUUUCAAGUGCCUUGAAUGAAAUAAAACUUUGUUUUUACUUUCUGUCUUGA